CCCCCCACACCUGCGCCCGCGCCCAUGGCUGCGCGCGGGGACCCGCGGCGGCUGCACCGGCUGGUGCAGGAAGGCCGGCUGUGCGCCCUGCGGCAGGAGCUGCAGGGAGCCGGGCGCGCGGACUGCGCGGCGCCCGCCGGGGACACCCUCCUGCACUGCGCCGCCCGCCACGGGCACCGGGACGUGCUGGCCUAUCUGGUGGAGACCUGGGACAUGGACAUCGAGGCCGCCAACCGAGACUACAAGCGGCCGCUGCACGAGGCCGCCUCGCAGGGCCACCGGGACUGCGUGCUCUACCUGCUGGGCAGAGGAGCCGCGGUCGACUGCCUCAAGAAAGCCGACUGGACUCCUUUGAUGAUGGCCUGCACAAGAAAAAAUCUGGAGGUGAUCCAGGACCUCGUGGAACAUGGCGCCAACCCACUUCUGAAGAACAAAGAUGGCUGGAACAGUCUCCACAUUGCUAGCCGAGAAGGCGACCCUCUGAUCCUCCAGUACCUGCUCUCCGUGUGCCCCACCGCCUGGGAGACGGAGAGCAAAAUCGGGAGAACGCCGCUGCACACGGCAGCGAUGCAUGGCUGUUUGGACGCCGUGAAGGUGCUUCUCCACAGGGGCCUGUACGGAGCCGACCGUGCGGACAGUUGCGGCUGCACACCCUUCAUGGACGCGAUUCAGUGCGGCCACACGGCCGUGGCCAGGCUGCUGCUCGAGCAGCACAAGGCUUGCUGGGCCACGCAGGAUGCCCUGGGGAUGCAGGCCAUCCACAGGGCAGCCGUCACCGGGCAGAACGAGGCCCUCCGCUUCCUGGUGUCCGAGCUGGGCGCCGAUGUGGACACCAGGGCCGUACCCAGCCGCCUGACGCCGCUGCAUUUCGCCGCUAAGGAAGGACAUGUGAGCACAGUCCAGGAGCUCCUGUCCUUGGGUGCCGACAUCAACUCCAGAGACGAAAGGAAGCGAUCAGCCCUGCACCUGGCCUGCGCCGGCCAGCACGCGGCCUGUGUCAGGCUCCUGCUGCGGUCCGGGCUCAGUGACUCUCCGGACGCCUCGGGUGCCCUGGCUAGGCAGCUGGCUCGCCGCGCGGACGUCCUCCAGUGCUUUGGCUGCUGCCCCACGUCCUGA